CAGUUAGCCUCGGCGGCAGUAGCGUGUCCCGCUCUCUGAGCCGAGAGCUGCCGCAGUUCCAAAAAAGCUGGGCCGAGCGGCACUUACCCCGUAGGGACUUAGCGGCAAGUAGGGCUGCGCUGGCGGGGGGAGGCAAGGAGGAGGAGGAGGAGGGAGAAGAAGAGGGAGGGCCCCUCCGAAGGGGUUCACCUGCCACAGCCAAGUGCGGCGCUUGCCCUCCCUCCGGCUGCCUUCUUCCUUCCCUUUUGCUCUCCCUGGCUCUGGCUUCGCGGGCUCGCUGUCUUGCUAUUGCGCUUUCUCUUUAUUUCUUCCUGUCUCUCAGUCCAAAUCGCAGCCCGGGGAGGGGAAAGGAGCAAAGUGGCCAGGAGCAAUGCCAACAGCCACCGCCUCCAUCCUCGACCUGUCCCGGACUGUGGUGCUGGCCGAAGGAGGGAAUCCCACCACCCCGAAAGACCACACAGGUCAGUGUCGCAGAGUAUUUCCACCUCAGCUCGGCACUUUCCAGAUCACCCGUGGCAAUGGCACCACCAUUGGGACAGUGAUAACAUUCCAGUGUCCCUCUGGGCACCAGCUGGUGGGACAAGGCAUCGUCACUUGCAUUUGGAAAGGAAACAGCACGCAGUGGACCUCAGGGACACCCACAUGCAAGCCUCUGUCCAAAUAUGAGACCUUUGGUUUCAAAGUAGCUGUGAUCGCCUCCAUCGUCAGCUGUGCAAUCAUCUUGUUGAUGUCCAUGGCUUUUUUAACCUGCUGCCUCAUCAAGUGUGUUAAGAAAAGUGAGAGGAGACGAACUGAAAGGGAUAUGCAGUUGUGGUACCAACUGAGAAGUGAAGAAUUGGAAAGCAUGCAAGCUGCUUAUUUUGGUUUUAAGGGCCAAAAUAAUAACAAUAAUAAACUGAGAACCAGAGCAACAUUCGAUGAAGAGAAUAUUGUGGCGUACAUUAACCAUAGCUUCUCCAGAAACCCUGAAGAAUGGACUCUAGAAAUCAAAAAUUUGACAGGUUGCGGCAAAAGUGAUUUGUGGACAGAUCUGAACAGAAACAGUAGAAUAUCUCUUAGACACUCCAUUCCAAGACCUAACAUUGCCAUACACACAGUGAGUACAGAGCAUGUGGUGGAGGUCUAUGGAUGUGACAAGGAAAUUCAGAAGAAACCUGAAUCUCACAUACCAGGAUAGAAGCAUUUGUUGGAUAAAAAUGAAACACUGAGAAAUACCUGGUACAUGUGCCUUAAAACUACGUUAAAGGUGACCAUAUUAUUCAUGCCAAGUCACAAGUUUUAAAUAUCUAUGUGGACAUUCAUAAACAUGCUUUCAGUUUCACCUAAAAAACAUAAUGCUGAUACACCAAAUCAAGUUAUCAACAUGCUGAAAUUGUGUCCAUUGCAAAACCAUAUCGUGUUCUUGUACAGAUACUGAAAUCAUAGCAACUGUAGAUUUGCUUCUUUGAAAAUCACUAACAAAUAUAAAUGCAUUCACCUGCAGAAUUCUUUUAACCUGUGCUUCUUUUGUAAAUGUAUAAGAGUGGGAAAAGGAAAAAAAACACACCAUAUUUUUGCACAGUAGG